UUGGGGUGGGGUGGGAGAGAGCGAGCGAGCGAGAGAGUUGUUGGUGUGCUGCACGCUUCUCUCCUUGCACAAAAGCCCCGGCAAAGAAAACUCUUGGAAAGCUCGGAGCCGGGAGCCGGACGGCCGCCGAUCUCGCUGUCCUGGCGCUGCAAUUGUGUGGCCCCUCGAACUGGAGACGUUGUUGCAACUGUGAAGGAACUAAAUUCGAUUUUGUAGGAGCCUUAUUUUUUUCGUUUUUUUGUUGGUAGCGGUUCUCGUUUUCCUCCACCCCCCCUUCACUCUCCCGAUCGUUUUUUUUCUCUUGGGGAUAGAGGGGGAUACACAAGGGGGGAAAAAAAGUAAAGGAAUAUGAUUGCUUCGUGGCUGACUUUCGCCUUUCUUUGUGGAACUUUCUGUGCAGGGCCAGGUCAUGGGGAGGCAGAGACGAGAGAAUGCAUCUACUACAAUGCCAACUGGGAGCUGGAGAAGACCAAUCAGAGCGGCGUGGAACGCUGUGAAGGAGAGAAGGACAAACGGCUCCAUUGCUAUGCUUCUUGGAGAAACAACUCUGGCUCCAUUGAGUUGGUGAAGAAAGGCUGCUGGUUAGAUGACUUCAACUGCUAUGACAGGCAAGAAUGUGUAGCCACAGAAGAGAACCCUCAAGUGUUUUUCUGCUGCUGUGAGGGGAACUAUUGCAAUGAGAAAUUUACGCACUUACCUGAAGUAACUGGUCCAGAAGUAAUAUACGAGCCGCCACCACCAACACCCUCACUACUCAACAUUCUGGUUUACUCUCUGCUUCCAAUUGCUGUUCUGUCAAUGGCCAUUCUCUUGGCCUUCUGGAUGUACCGUCACCGAAAGCCCCCCUAUGGGCACGUUGACAUUAACGAGGAUCCUGGUCCACCACCCCCUUCUCCAUUGGUUGGCCUUAAGCCAUUGCAAUUAUUGGAGAUCAAAGCUCGGGGGCGCUUUGGCUGUGUCUGGAAGGCUCAGCUGAUGAAUGACUAUGUAGCUGUGAAAAUCUUCCCCAUACAGGAUAAACAAUCCUGGCAGAGUGAGAGAGAAAUCUUCAACACCCCUGGCAUGAAGCACGAAAACCUUUUGCAGUUUAUUGCAGCAGAGAAGCGAGGAACAAACCUGGAGAUGGAGCUAUGGUUGAUCACAGCUUUCCAUGACAAGGGCUCUCUGACAGAUUACCUGAAGGGGAAUAUUAUCAGCUGGAAUGAACUCUGCCAUGUUGCAGAAACGAUGGCCCAUGGACUGUCCUACCUACAUGAAGAUGUCCCCUGGUGUAAAGGGGAAGGACACAAACCUGCCAUAGCACACAGGGACUUCAAGAGUAAAAAUGUGUUGUUGAAGAAUGACUUGACAGCAGUUCUAGCUGACUUUGGACUGGCUGUACGGUUUGAGCCUGGAAAGCCUCCAGGGGACACCCAUGGACAGGUGGGAACAAGGAGGUACAUGGCUCCUGAGGUGUUAGAGGGGGCAAUCAACUUCCAGCGAGAUGCCUUCCUGAGAAUAGACAUGUAUGCAAUGGGACUAGUAUUGUGGGAGUUAAUCUCCAGGUGCACAGCAGCUGAUGGUCCAGUGGAUGAGUAUAUGCUGCCUUUUGAAGAGGAGAUAGGUCAGCAUCCAUCCCUUGAGGACCUGCAGGAAGUGGUGGUUCACAAAAAGAUGCGGCCUGCUUUCAAGGAUCACUGGCUGAAACACCCUGGUUUGGCACAGCUCUGUGUUACAAUUGAAGAAUGCUGGGACCACGAUGCAGAGGCUCGGCUUUCGGCAGGCUGUGUCGAGGAGCGCAUUUCUCAGAUCCGUAAAUCAGUAAACGGCACUACCUCGGACUGCCUCGUUUCCAUCGUGACAUCUGUCACCAACGUGGACUUGCCACCCAAAGAGUCUAGUAUCUAAGUCCUGGUUCACUUUUGUCUUUCCAGACUCAGUGGAUUUAAAAAAAGUUUAAAAACCCAACAAACACAUGAAUGCAGCUGCUAUUUUAUCUUGACUUUUUAUUAUUAUUAUUGUUGUUGUUGUUUUUUUGGAUUGGAUCAAUUUUACCAGCACAUUGCUCUACUGUAUUAAAAAAAAAAAAAAAAGACAUCUCAGCAAGCAUUCAGGUGCCGACUAAUGAAUGCAGAAAAGGUGCAGGUACCUCAGAACCUCAACAAACUCACUUCAGUUGUGUUUUUUUUUUUUUAUUAUUCAGUUUUCUGGGUUUCUCUUUAUCGGUCUGUCUUCAACACAGAGCAUCUCUGACAUAAAGGAAAACCACGUACCAUCUUAGAAAACGCAAUGCUGCAAACUUUGGAGGAAACUUAAGACUGUUACAUAAGAUUACACCUUCCUCAAAAGGAUUAUUUUCCCCUAUUUUCUUUUUUUAGACAGUGAGCUUCAAAAAGAAACAAACAGCAGAUGUGUCUUUUACGGAUCUAACGGGUGUCAUUGUAAUGGGAAAAAACACAAGAAACUGGGAAGAGAAUGUUAACUCUUUGGUGGUAAAAUUAAAGGGGGGGGGUGUUUAGUAUAGGAGAAGGGGAGAGUGAUGUUGGACUUUGCAGCAUUUGGAGAAACGUCAUUUGCUAUGGAGCUACUUCUCAGGUAACCAGUUAAUGAGGGGAAGAACUUUUUUGAGGCAGAGUAUUUAUCACCGCAGCAUAUCGAGAAAGUUGGGUCAAUGAGCCAAUGGGAUAAGCAAGGUACUAGUUCUUACUUCCCCCAAUAUCUCAGGCUUGGGUGUUAAAAGAACAAAACCAAACCAUAGGUGUAUAAAUUUUUAAAACUCCAGGUAAGUAUUGGAAAAAGAUGCUUUUAAGCAGUGUAAUUGAGAGAGACAACAGCAUAGUCUCAGAAGCUCUCUGUAAAGUACUGGAAGAUUUGAAAGCAUUUAUAUCUUGCUUUAAAUACAGUAGCAGUUCAGGGAAUAAGGCCUCAGGGCUGGAUAACUGCUUAGCCCAAGCUACCAGUGCAGAUGGUUAAAAAGAAGUGGUGUGAUUUGUGGCUCUGUAGAAAGGCCUUUUGUUGUUGUUGUUUUUUUUUUUAACUGGAGGGGAAAAAAUUACCCGGGCCAGUGGCAGACAGUUGCACCCAAGAAGCAUUUGAAUUGUACAAUUGCAGAAUAUAGGGAGGUAACAGAGCAGCAUUAGCAUUAACCAUAGAAUCUGUUAAACCAAUUUCUUUGACUCAGCUUUCUCUUUAUCUGUGACUAAACUCUUUUGUCUUAAAGUGGUGCAUAUUCUAAAAUACCGUUACUCUAGUAUGCCAUAAACUUGCUCUAGUCAGUGAAUGUUCCUAAUGCUGCUGAUUCAACAUUUAAAUAUUUUUUUAAUUUGCAAAACAUGCAAUGUUUAAAAAACAAAACACACACACACAACACGUUACGUGGCUUCCGAGGUUUAAACUGAAAAAAAAAAAAAAAAAAAAACUUCAUGACCACAGACCACCUCAAACCAGAAAUACCUCAGAAUUUUCUACUUGUAUGAGUUUUAUUAUAUAUUUUGUUAGUUGUGUUGUCUUGUAGUAAGUCUAUUUUAAUGUAAGUUGGCUUUUAUGACAAGGGAGUUUUAAAAAAAGAAAAAAAAGAAAAAAAGUUCCAAAAUCUUUUAGGAAGUGCUACCAUUUUUUGUUUUAUAAAGCACCAUUGUAAAUAACUGUAUACAGUUGUAGAAUAACUGCCUAUAUAAGGUAUCUGGGCAUUAUUCACUCUUGUUUGUGAAGGCUGUUUCCAUUUUGUGUUUGGUCUGUUUCAGUGAAAGGACAGUACAUCUUUUUAUUUAAUAAUUUUACUUUUUCUCAGAACAUAACAUCAAUACAAAAAUCAGUGUCUUGCUCAACUGAAAGUUAUCUUUCCUCCUUUGAUUGCCAGAACUUUUAAACUUCAUUUGCUUUUAUACCAAAAUAUAGCCCUAAACAAAUGACCUUCUUAUGAUGUAAAAAUAUAUAUUAUAUAAACAAAUUGGGAUUUUUUUUGUCACUGACAAAAUAUCAACAGGGAAUCUUGGUCUAGGUGUAAAUCAUUAAGCAAACAAAAUUACCAACUGGAAAAAAUAGAUUAAAAUUAUUUUUCUCAAAAGCAUGGCUUUAAAAACCUUGAUAAAGUCCUUGAUAUUGGAGAGACAGUAAGGUAGUUGCCUUAACUUGUCUGUCUAAAUAAAAUCUUAAAUACUUCUUUCAAGUUAUUGAAUGUAUAUUUGCAUAUUAAUAUGUGCACACAUGUAAGUGUAUUUGUGUAUGUGGAUGUUUCUGAUUUUUUAAUGUGACCCUGUUCAGAAAACCUGGACAAAAACACAGGCAAAGUAAUAAAAUUCUGGCACAGUUCAUGGCCUAGUUGAUGGUUAACAUCUUUGGCCCCAAUGCUACAAACUCCAUAGUGUUUAAAGUGAACCAUGCAAGUAGUUCUGUUGAAGUCAGUGGCAAUAUUCACAUACUUGAAGUUAAGCAUGUGCAUAAGUGUUUGCAGGAUUGGGGCCUUUCUUUUGCUCUGUGAAUACAUUUCUGCACUGAGAUUUAUAUACGUGUGGUUUAGUGGUUUGAAAAGGAGUGAUGUAAGCUUUGGGGUGGGAUUCUAGAUAAGACUUAAGAUUGAAUAAACUGUAGUUUUUUAGGUUUUUUCCUGAAAUGGGAUCCAGUCCAGAUUGUUAUGGAAAGUAAAAGCUGUACUGUCUUUUAACUAUUUUGAUCUUUGUGCUGUUCUGGAUUUUUUCCUUCAGAAUUAUGUGUUAUGGAUAAAACAGGCUUAUUACAGCAGUUGCUUUUAAAAAAAACUGAUUUAUUUAAGAAGCUUUAAAGUAUUUAUUGAAAGUGCCAUAUGAUUUUCAAUAGCCUAUUAGACAUUCUUCCUCAACAGUCUCUUUUGAGGAAGAAUAAUCUCAAACUCCUAACGUGUAGCUUAUUUUACUUCAGAGAACUGUAAGGACAUACCAACUUUGACCAAACACUGGUUGUGAGAUACUAGCAUCUUCUCUGGCUCUACAGUUCCUUAUAGAUCAUUGUGUGAACAUAACUCAGUAACUGGUAAGAGGGAGUUUCUGCAGGGCCUAUAUGUUCAGUUACAAAUUUAAAUGUGACUGUGGGAUGAAUGUGUGUGUGCCUGCAUGUUAGUAUGUCAGAGAAGGAAGUCCUGAGUCUUGUCUACAUAAAAAUUUGCCCCAGUUUGAACAAAGGUGUACACGUUUCAGUUAAACUUGCAGGUUUUUCAUGUCGAUGAUUAUGUUCUCAUCAGCUGCACAGGUUUCUAAUUACCAGCGAGUAGUUUCAUCAUUGCUAAUCCAGCAUUUGAACGGUCAUUUUACAGUAUCCAUUGGAAUUUUGUUUAGUAUUGUAAAGACAUUUCCUAAGACAGCAAUAAGGCACCUCCACAGGUGUAGCAGUUACAAGCAAUUGCAACCAUUUCCCCUCAACACCUCUUUGAAUAUGAUUGACCAUAUAGUCUCAUUUUUGAAGAGCUAGUGAUCACUGCAUUUACAGACUUUAAGACAGCCUAUUUAAAAUGUACUCUUUAAAAUUUUCAUUGCAGCAUCUUAUUGUUGGGAAUCAUCACUCAAUUUGCAAUUCAUAGUUUAAUGUUAAUUUUAAACAUCCUGGGUGGCAAUUGUCAAUGGCAAAGUUCCCUUUGGCUUCAAGGGAGCCAGGAUUUCAUCAGCAUUUAUCUUAACUCGGGUUAUGAAUUUGUCAUGUUGACUUAGUUAGUUAUUUGGCUGACUAAAGUAUGAGUUCACAUUUUAAGCUGGGAAAUUCUACAGGAGCUGAAAUUGUCUAUACAGGAUAGAUCUGCUAAAACAAUGAUAAUAUCAGUGUACCAAGGCUGGAAUUAGUGCACUGCAUGAAUGUUUAAAUAUAUGUGCAUUUUAUAAGGGAGGCUGGGAAUUAGUCCUUGAUAAGCAGCAUUUAAUUUAUUCAUGCUGAGUACAGAUUUUAUAUUGCCCUCAUCACCAAGUAAUCUCUACCAACCUAUCAAAGAAGUAAUCUAUUCAGUUUGUUGCCACCAACACAGCUGUCUUGUUCUGUCACCCCUUACAAGUCUCUUAUAUGAGUGUCAGAGUAGUAUAUUAUAGAAAGUGAUUUUAAAAUGGUUUUAACUUCCUAGCAGAAGCCAGUGACAAUUUUCUAUUAUACUAAAAAAGACAAAGAAUAUGAAUAAUUUUGGGGCUACAGUUGCAAUAGAACUAAGCAGCCACCCACAAAUCAGAUCAAGAUUUUGUAAAAUUAAUUAGGGCUGGUUUGAGUCCUUUCUUCAUAUUGCAGUCAGUGAGGUAUAAGGGUACUACUCAGUGUGAGCUAGGGCAUCACAGUCUAGAUCAGAAUAAGAAUUUUAAGACAUGCACUGUGGUCCUAGCGCCUGUUAUUAGAGAGAGGCUUAAAAUUCAAUGAAUCAAUCCCUUCCUAAAAAUUUAUAGACCCUUCUAAGUGAUUGCCAUCUAAAACAUAGUUUGUUGUUGUGUUACUGAUACUACUGAUUGGCUAAGUGAGUGAAAUUUUAAUGUAAAUGAUUUUUUUUUAAAUUAAACCCAUCCUGGGUGAAAGUCAACUACUAAUUCCUCCUGCAGUUUUGUUAUGCUCUUGAACAGUUUAUUUAAAAAAUAUAGACAUACUACCACACAAACCUUACGUAAGCCCAAUUCUCACUAUAGAAGUACUAAACAACUCCCUAUAUUAAAUCAUAGUAGUAAUUUGCCACCCAGUCCUGCUCUCUAUAGUCAGGCAAAACUCCCGCUGAGGUCAGUGAGAGUGUUUGAGUGUAGGUGGUGGCCCUUACUGUAUGUGUUAUGUCUAUGAAUAAGCAUUUUUAAUGUUCAAGAGCAUCUCUCCACAUUUUGAGUUCCUGGAAUCAUUGGUUCAUCUAAGAUGCUUUAAUUUCCCUAGGUCUAUCAACACGUGCAAAGAUGAGUAUAAAACCCACUUGCAUUCAGAAUUUUCCACAAGCCCCAAGUUGUGGUGUUGAGAUAAGUGAAGGAGGAUACAGACCAAAGUUGGAAAGGGUUUAAAAAAAAAAGCCAUACAGGUUUGGACCUUUGUGUCUCCAUAGAGUCAUUUUUAUUAAGGUCUGAGAUGCAGUGUCUUAGACUUCUCUCAUACUUGUAAGGUGAAAUUCUGCUCCUCUCCCUGCCCCCACAAAAAGUAUUAGAUAAGAAUUACACCUGUGGAAAUGCCAAGUGUGCAUGCUCGAUCUCUCUGAGUUUCAGGUGCAAGAUGCAGCAAAUGUUCCUCCCCAUUUCUCUGAUUAUCAAGUUACAUUUCACUCAGUACUGAGGUCUCAGUCCUGUUCCCAUUGAAGUCACUGACUGAUCCUGGAAGUUCAUUGGAUGCAGAAUUCCUGGUGGGAAUUCCCAUGUGCAGACCUUGUAGGAUCAGGGCCCUUCUUACCAGGAGUAGUGAUUUCUCCUCUAACAGUAUCUAAACUGAAAAACACAUACCAGUAUUUAAUUCCAAUAGCACUACCUUCUAGACAGACUGUUAAGAGGUUUACCCAGUUUUCCGGGAGAGAGAACUAAUCUCUUGUUAUGAAAGUAAGAAAUUUAAAUUGUACAAGUUACUGCUUGAUAACAUUGUGAGCAUGCAGUUGUUGCAGUCCUGUCCAAGUAGUACUUUGGUUGAGAAGUUACUAAGAAAGAAGCACCCCCGGCUAUAUCACUUUUGCAUACAGAAUAUUGUUUGGUAACAUUGUAAAUAAAAAGUAGACUAUAUAAUAAGUGAGGGAAAUAAAAACAUUUUAACUUUUUUACUUUUGAAAAAAUAUAUAUUUUUAGUUACAUAAUACAAGCAAAAAUUCUACAUUGUGUGACUAUUCUUUUAUACCACAAAUUAUUUUUGUAAAGUGUAAUAUCUUUCUGCAGGGAAAAGGGAGAGAAGUUUUGUGUAACCACAGUAAAAUAUAUAAUUUUUAAUCUAACUCUGCGCUACAUCAAAGUAUAGAGGAUGGAACAAUUUAAUCUGAAACUAAUUUAACAAGCAGGUUGGAAGUACAUGGACAUGUUUUGGGGACCGCACUGUAUAUUUCCAAUUGGUUAUCUUGCAUGUUUCAUCCCUUCAGCAAAAGAAGCUUGUUGCUUUUGAAUGGCCAUCUUAGAUUUAACCAAGAAGGCAGUUUUCACAUAUCCAUGUGUGAUCAGUGUGCUGUCAUGCAUGUGCUGUGAUGCUACAGUGGAUUGUGAAAUCAGCGUGUUAAGAAUUUUCAAAGACCAAAUACUUGGGUUGACUUUACUCGUUGACAUGUCCAUUUAUAGCAGCUGCUUCUGAUGCAUUGAUGAUAUGAUCUCUAAGGAACUGUUGCCAGCAGAAACCCAAUAAAACAAAUUUCUAGAAAUCCCUUCCCUUCAAAGUGUAUAGAUGUCAUAAACAGGUCAUUUUCCAGGAUAUUGAGACAAGUGUUCUGUUUUUCAGAUGUUGGAUUUCUCUGGCAAUGUAAGGGAUGCUUUUUCUUCUGUUCUUUUAAAAAGCACUGGUGGGACACUGCCAGGUUAAAAAUCCUAUAAAUUUCCUGAUCUGUUACUAAUCAAAGGUGUUAUUGAAUUUUAAAAAAAAAUUCUAAAAUGUACUACUAAAAUUUACUUAUAUUGGCUGUUCA